AUGUAUUGGUUGCUCGCCGUGCCCGCUGGGGCAGUUGCUCUAUACGGAUGCGGUAAGGUCAGUGGAAACGAGGCGCGGCCGGCAAGUCCGGCAAGUCUUCGAGGUCGGGAGGGUCGAAGUCUGGGAGGUCGAAAAGGCAUAAGGGGAAAUCGUCUCGAUCAAGUCGUAGCAAGUCUCGUCGUAGCAAGGGAAGCAGGAGCAGGAAGAGCAGGAGAGGAAGAUCGAAGUCGUCGAAGAGUGGCAGAUCUAGGAAAUCCAGGAGGUCUAAAUCUAAAAGGUCGAAGUCUCGUCGCGGUAGUAGGAGGAAGAGUAGAAGGAGCAACUAAACCGUCUGAGCUUCGUGUGGAGCCUUGCGAGUUGAGCUAUAAGGCAAUCGGAGGACUGAAGGGAGUGAAAUGUUCGGACAAUAUGUUGUAUCGCGUGAACCCUGUGUUUGGAGUGGUUGAGCCGGGCAAGUCGUCGAGGAUCGACAUCCUCCGACAAAACGGUGGUGCCAAGAUUGAUAAGAUUGUUCUCGUCACUACUAAGGCCGAGGAUGGCGAGACACCAUCACGUGAAGUGUUCAACCAAGGAAGAAGCACGGAAAUGAUGGUGCUGCCACUGCUGGUGCAGGAAUAA